AUGGCCUCGCGCAGCCAUCCCGGCGGACAUCUUGACGCUACCGCUGGCCGCGAGGUGGUCUACUGCCAUGCAUGUUCUAAUGAGUGGCAUCGAGACGAGUACGGGCUAAGCUGCCCGGCCUGCGAUGGCGACAUCACUGAAAUCGUAAACCCCUACAAUGAUCCUCGCGAACUCGACCAGUUCGCUUCGAUGCCCUCCUCUCCGGCCUCACGGGCCGCCCGCUAUGACGACGACUCAGACCCCGAGGAGGCUGAUAUAGAGGAAUUCGCCGGCCCGCAUGGCUUCAUCCAUCGCCGGAACGUCCGAAAUGGCUCUAAUCACGCCGAUCACCACGACCCGGGCGUUGAACCCGUACUGCAUCGCUUCUACGAAAUGGUCCAGAACCUUAGUCCAGAACGGAACAUGAACGCAAGAGAACAUCCAGGUCAUGACGACAACCCCCCUGCCUGGCCCCAUAUUCAACGCACCACUUUCACAUCCGGCGGGCCCUUCGGCGGGGGGACCGCCUCCGUCACCAUCUUCUCCGGUCCACCUCCUGGCGCACAUGGCAUGGGGCGUUCCCACGACGGCUCUCCGGCGGACCAAUUUCAAGCAAUCUUUUCCAACGUAUUACGAGAUUUCGGGCCGCCGCGAGGCGAGCAUCAGGGUCCACCUCCGAAUCUCGCCCGGGGCUUGCAGGAUAUACUGAGCCUGUUCAGUGGGGUGAAUGCCCCGGCAGGAGACGCUGUGGACUCGCAAGAGGCGUUUGACCGCAUCGUAACACAGUUGAUGGAGGCGAAUCCCCAGUCCAACGCGGCACCGCCCGCUUCCGAAGAAGCACUCAAGACACUUGAUCGCAAAACGGUUGAUCAGGACAUGCUCAAGGGCGAAAGCAAGACGGAGUGCACCAUCUGCAUCGACGAAAUGCACAUUGGGGACGAGGCUGUGACUUUACCGUGCAAGCAUUGGUUUCACGAGGAAUGCGUCACCUUGUGGCUCAAGGAACACAACACCUGUCCCAUCUGCAGGACUCCCGUCGUCGAGUCGGGCAACGGCAACAACCAGAGCAGUAACAAUGGCGGCAGUGAUGGUGCCUCCAACACGGAGACGGACAUCGAUUUCGCCGACGAGCCCGCCAGAGACGGUGUCGGGAGAAUACGGGGCUAG